CUACGUGAACAUAGUUAUUUUUUAUUGAAAUAUAAAAAAAAAAUUACUCUGCAGUUUUUAACGUUUUAUUGUAGGAUGGCAGUCCUACUAAUAAUUUUAACGUGGCUGGUGACGUGUCAAGGAGAAUUCAUUGAUGAUAUGCAAUCGUUCGAUCCUGAAUGUCUCGUGGAGGGUGCCUUUUUCUGUCUUGGUGGAGGUUGCAUAUCUCAAGAUAAAUAUUGCGACGGUAAUCGCGAUUGUGAAGAUGGAAGCGAUGAGAAUUUUUGUUUUAACCACACUCCGGACGCCUUGUUCUGCAACGAGACGCACCAAUUCAUGUGCGGAGAUGGGCAGAAGUGUGUGCCAAGUGCCUGGGUGUGCAACAACGAGACGGAUUGUAAUGAUGGCAGUGAUGAGGUCAACUGCACUAUGCUUGUUGAGCAUGAAAACUCCACGUGCAAAGGAUUCCUCUGUGAUAAUGGAAAGCGGUGCAUAUCGAAAUUCUGGAUGUGCGAUGGUGAUUACGAUUGCGAUGAUAAAUCUGACGAAGACUUUGAAAAUAAUUGUCGUCAUAAAUAUCAUUCAAAUUUUUUAAGUGAUGUUACGCCAUGUAAUCGUCAAUUUGGGAAGAUCGCGUGCUUGGAUAAUUCGUAUUGUCUGCCCCUUGAUCAUAUGUGCGACGGUCUAAAAGACUGCCGAGACGGUAGUGAUGAAGGAACGUUUUGCGACAAGUGGCACACCCAGUGUACGAACUUCACGUGUCCAAAAGAUGCACAUUGCAAACCGCAACGUACAGGGCCAACUUGUGUAUGCCUUGGCUAUUUGAAGUACAAUGACACCACCAAGCAAUGCGAUUUAACAAACGAGUGCUUGCAGGAAAUGCCAGUUUGUUCUCAAAAGUGUCAUAAUAAAGGAAACUACUUUUUGUGCUCUUGCGAUGUUGGUUAUUCCACGGAUAUGAGUGCCUACUUGUGCUUUGCUCCAGAUCCGGAGGCGUUGUUGUUUUUUAGUACAAAAAACGAUAUACGUUACUUGAAAGUGAAGUCAAAAGAGGAGGUCAUUGUUGCGACAGGAAUCAAACAGGCUCAUGGUGUAUCCUUUGAUGGGACUUAUUUGUAUUGGGUGGAGACAGCACAAGGUCAUCAGGCCAUCAUGAGGGCACAGCUGCAUAACAUCGCUGAGUCCAAACAGGUAUUAGCAGCUUUCGGUAUCGAAGACCCAGGAGACAUAGCGGUGGACUUCCUCGGAGGCAACAUAUACUUCAGCGACACAGCGAGAGGAAUCAUCACAGUGUGUCUCACAGACGGCUCCCUGUGUACCACUCUACCAGCAAAAACAAAAAAUCCUAGAUUUGUCACCUUAGAUCCUACUCAAGGAUUAAUGUACUGGGCGGAUUGGCACGACAAGGCCGUUAUCAUGUCAGCUAAGAUGGACGGUUCUCAAUCGGAUACCCUGGUUGACAACUUAAGUUCUUUCGCCACUGGUUUAGCUCUGGACUCUUCAAAUGGAAGACUUUACUUCGUGGAUCGGACUGUCAAAGUUGUUAGGUUGGAGGACAAGGUUGUUUAUUUCUUAUUCAAAGAGCCCUUCCACCAUCCUUAUUCGCUGGCCGUGUUCGAGAACACAGUGUAUUGGAGUGACUGGACUACCAACACGAUUCUAACUGCGGACAAGCUACACGGCACCUCGUUCAACAGAAACAUACUACUUGGAAUGGAUAUGCCUGUGUUUGAUAUGCACCUCUACCAUCCAAUUCUGAUGAACAAUACUCAGAACCCAUGUAACCACGACCAAUGCGCCAUCUGUCUGGUCACCUCCAACACGACUCACGUUUGCGCCUGCCCGGAUACAAUGGAAAUGAUGGGAGAUCAUUGCCAGGUGCGCGCGGGCGAGCGGCCGCAGUUCGCGCUGGUGGGAGCGGGCGCGCACGUGACGCGCGUACGCCGUGACGUCAUCGGCAAUCCGGAGCUGCACGACACGCACCUCGACGUCGGCCGGCUGCAGGCGCUCGCCUACGACAGCUACAGAGAUACCCUAUACAUUUAUGACAGUCAGCAUAAAUCAAUCAACUACAUGAAUAUGAGCGAAUUUACGCUCGGAAUUACGCACGUGCUCAUGUCCAAGGGCCUGGAAAACGUUGUCGAUAUGGAUUACGAUUUCGUUACGGACAAUCUGUACAUCCUCGACGCUGGACGUCGACUCAUAGAAGUCGUUUCUCUAAGUACCAGACGCAGCGCGAUAAUUUACCACUUUACACAUGAAGAGAUACCUAUGAGCUUCUGUGUGUUAUCUGAUUAUGGGAAAAUGCUGGUCGCAGUUUUGGAGGGUGAUGAAAACAAUGAAAUUCACAUAGACUCCAUAACAUUGGACGGCGAAGACAGGCAACAUGUUCUCUUGAACAAUAUUGUUGGUCCGAACAUUCGCAUCAGCUAUUCUCCCGAGUUGAACCUCGUGUACAUGUCUGAUGAAGGCAGGGGCGCAAUAGAUGUCAUGCAUCCAGAAGGUAAAGGCAGAGAGGUAUUUAGAGAAGUGAUAACAACUAUCGGUAGUGUGGCUGCGACCAGCACACACCUGUUCUGGACAGAUAGACACUCGUCCAGACUGUACUGGGCUGAUGUCCACGAGGCUACACAUAGGAUCCGGCGUAUUGAAUUAUCAAUAUUCCCGAACGACACAAGCCUGCACGUGCUCGCGACGUCCCUGCCCCCGCGGGACGAGUUCGGCGCGCACGCGUGCGGGGCGGGCCGCACGCCGUGCGCGCACGUGUGCGUGCAGACGCGGCGCGGGGAUACUUCGGGGCAUCGCUGUGUGUGCUCGCCCGGGUUCAAGAUGGUGAGCGGAGAAUGCUUGGAAAUCACGCACUGUCGCUCCAAUGAGAUGUACUGCCAUAGGAGCAAUCAGUGCUUCCUCGAGACUGCGAAAUGUAAUGGGGUCAAUGACUGCACGUAUGGGGAGGAUGAAGAAGGAUGCGCUGUACCUAUAACACAGUCUCCACCACUUUGUAAACCGGAUCAAAAGAAUUGCCACGGUGUCUGUAUAUCGAAAAAUGAUAUUUGCAAAGGAAAUACGAGCGUGGUGGGCACAGCGCGGUGCGCGGCGGGGGAGAUGGCGUGCGCGUCGGGCGCGCUGUGCGUGUCGCGCACGCUGGCGUGCGACGGGCGCGCUGACUGCCCCGACGGCUCCGACGAGAGCCCGGCUGCCUGCGACACCGGCACCUGCUUCCGCACCGAGUUCAUGUGUGGAUCUGGCAAUUGUAUCCCUAUCACGUGGCACUGUGAUGGUGGGGAAGACUGCGCUGAUGGUUCUGACGAAAUCAAUUGUGAAAGCAAUGAGUAUCUUUGUCCAGAAAACUUGUUCCAAUGCAAAAAUAACACUUGUAUAGAUUUGUCCAAACGUUGCGAUGGCAAGUAUGAUUGUGAGCAUCACGAUGAUGAAGAUGACUGCGACACUACGGAGUUGUUUGAAGAGUCGGAAAACGUGCUGACGUGUAUGCCUUGGGAGUACGCGUGCGAACACAACAGUAGCAUCUGCUUGCCCAUGACAGCUCGUUGCAACGGCAAAGUUGAUUGUCCUGGAGGAACGGACGAGACUGGCUGCUACCUGCACUGCUUAUCGUUCAAGGAGUUUUACUACUCCUGCAAGCAGGAGUUCAAGUGCUUGGCCGAGCAGCGCUGGUGUAAUGGGCAUGUUGACUGUUCGGACGGCUCCGACGAAACCCCGGAGGCUUGUGCGAGGAUGAACAAAACCAAGCCCGUCGACCCGUCCCAGCAAGCGGACAGCUGCAGCAAGGGCUACCGCUGCGACAACGGCCAGUGCGUGGAGUGGUCGCGCGUGUGCGACGGCGUGCGCGACUGUGCCGACGGCUCCGACGAGGGGGGGCUCUGUGGAAGUCCGUGUGCGCACAAGGCGUGCUCGCACGCGUGCCAGCCCAGCCCGCGCGGCGCGCAGUGCGCGUGCCCGCGCGGGUUCUUGGCGGCCGGGCGCGCGUGCCGCGACGUGGACGAGUGCGCGCUGGGCGCGUGCUCGCACGCGUGCCGCAACGUGCCCGGCUCCUUCGUGUGCGCGUGCCACGCGGGCUACGCGCUCAGAUCCGAUCGUCGCUCCUGCAAAGCAGUCCGCGGCCGUCUCGCUGUACUAUAUACUAAACGUAGUUCCGUGUGGUCCAUGAGCAGUCACACCCACAGCCUCCGGUACCACGACAAGGAUGAUAACGAGAUCAGCGAUGUUGAUGUUGCUGUCAGGAGUGGGAAAAUGUACGUAGCAUCAAGUCAAACGGGGAAGCUGCUCGAGGUGAACCUGCAUGACAAAGGAUCACCAGUCAGUGUUAUCACCAACGUUGGGAUUCCUACCAAGGUGUCGGUGGAGUGGGUGACAGGUAACGUGUACUUCAGCGACGGUUUCGGCCACGUGCGUACGUGUCACUUCCGGCGCCGGCGGUGCGCGCGCUUACUGCGACUGCCGUCGACGGCGCAGGUAACCUCCCUGGUGGUGGACCCCGCGAACUAUAAAAUGUUCUUCUGCGUCAGCGAGGGAUCAGAAGCCAUCGUACGAUCAGCCUCCCUCUCAGGUCGAAACAUAUCAGACUUGACGUCAGUGACCAGCUGUUCUGGUCUCGCCGCUGAUUCCUUCUCUAAGGUUCUCUAUAUCGCAAGUGAUCCCUCAAGUAUCAUGCAAGUGGAUUAUGAUGGCAAAGUAAUGAUGACGAUUUUCUCAAAUAAUCCAACCAUUCAAUCUCCUCACAAUCUCGCGCUGUUCGAAGACCACCUGUACCUUCUCAGUGGCACCCAUCUCAUCCGCUGCCUGCUGUUCAGCACCAAGACUUGCAGCCCAUACAGUCACUUGCCCAACGGCACUGCAUUCGUGAUCCAGCACGAGAGCGUCCAGAGGGAUGACGUCUACGACGAUUGCGAUACGAUCACUUGUUCCAAUAUUUGCGUGAUGGAGUUCACGGGUCCACAGUGCGUGUGCCAUGACGGGACUUGGACUAGUGAUGGGACCUGUCCGCAAGUCGAGGAUAAUGAGCUGGCGCAGUUCGAAGGUGCAGUGGUUCGAACGAACUCGACCCGCACGUUGCCCAUGGUGGUGGUGACGUUGGUAGCGAUGCUGUUCGCUCUUUACGUGUGUCUGUUCGUACGUCGGCUCACGAAGAAGAAGAAGGCAGAGAACUAUAUGCAAGUGCGGUACCAUAACACGCCAGACGGAAUCACACAACUGUCUAACCCCAUCAUAGAUAUGCCGGAAGCAGGUUAUAUUAUCAACGGCAUGGGCCACGAAUUUGUAAAUCCACUACAAUUCGUAAGAAACAUGUGGCAAGAGUCCUUCUAUAAGAAAUCUAAGCCAAUUGGCACAUCAGGUUUGUCGUUUGAUACACACCAAGAUCUCUCCGAUACCGAGUCUGAUAUAGAUGUGAGAGAAAACAGAAGAAUGAUUAAAAAUUAAAUAAUUUUAUUAAUUAUAUUCUGCUGGUCAGAAUUGUAUAAAUAUGUUAAAUAUAAUGACAUUCCAACAAAUGGACCAUCCGCGAUCUAGAGUCAGAAGUAACAGAGAAAAAAAAUUCGAAAAGAGAUACAAUCUUUUUCAAUUGGUUCAAUCUCACUAAGUACUGAUGACUUAGGAUGUUGCCAUACCAAUCGAUUGAUCUUCGCUCGAUACGAUUCAUCGACGCCGGUAGUGUGGUAGCUUUGGCUGAUCAACGGAUACUGCUCGAUAAAAAAUUGGAUUCAACUUCGAUAAAUCAACGUAUGCUCUUCCAUCAGUAUUGCCUAAAAUGUAUCGAUGUUUUUGUAUAUAAGUAGAAACGGUCGAUCGACAUCAACUAUCCCAUUAUACCAUCAAUCGACAUACAGUCGAUUAGUGUUGUAACAAAUCGUCGAUCGGGGUUGACUCUCAAUUCUAACGCCGAUGGAUUGGUCUGGUAACACCCUUAUGAAUUAAAUUUUAAUCAUCUGUAUAAUAUGAUUUAACCAAGUAAACAUUUUUCGUCAAUCUUGUAAUGUCCAUUUGUUGGUAGGUCAGCGGUUAUAUUAUAUAUAAUUAAGUGAUUACUAGUUGGUAUUACAACUAACUGUUAUAAAGAGUUAAUUAUGUAAGAGCAUAAUUAAUACUCUUUUGUUAAUUAAUAUUGUAAUUGUUUAUAUUAAAAUAAAUAAUAAUUAAUGUUUUGUUAUUUAUACAUUUCUUAAUUAAAUACCCUUCCAGACAGAUAAGACAAACAUACAUAGUACCUCGAUUAUCCGAACCAAUUGGGACUAAAGACUAGUUCGGAUAAUCAAAAUGUGGGUUUUUGGGACAAGAUCAUAAACAACACAUUUUUACAUAAAACAGCACAUACAUUCAUUAAAAAUUGACAUAUAUAUUAACGUUGAUAUGUUUUUUUUUUUAAUA